ACACAACAUUUCGGUGCUAUGGAGACGGGCGUUACAAAUAGGGGGACGCACUGAUCUCAUUCGCAGUGUAUCCCCGUCCAGACGCAGAAACGGUUCUCAGGCAAACAUCAUCAGUCAUGUUUGAAUUUGGUGUGAUAGCUCUUCUUCUAGUCUGCCUUCCCGAAACUGUUGCGGACACAUGUACCGCUUGUAAAACUGCGUACGGUACAGCCAAGGGUAAUGCUACAGACAAUGCAGCUAAAUGCGCAGCGAUAGUGACAUAUUUGCACUGUCUGGAGGGGUCUAGGAAAGAUGAAGCCGGUUGUCCUCUACCAAAAGCUGAUUCCGAUGCCAUAGAGACUGAUUACGCCGCAGCAGCUUGUAAUGCAUCAUUCACUGAUACCUGCAUAUGUCAGAAAGACUUCUGGGCGACCGACGUAGGAACUAAUGAUGCUGCAGCUGUUUGCAGCGCCACCACGGCUUACAUCGUGUGCUUGAAGGGGAAGACAAAUGCGGCCUGUGAUGGUUCCAACACUGUAGUAGCUCUGGCUACUGGCGUAGGGACCAGGAUAACAAAUCUGGGAAGCUCCUGUACUGUCACCAGCGCCUGCCAGUGUGAAAUUAAUGCCGCUAAAGCAGACAUCUCCACUGAUGCCAAGAAGUGCACUGUCCUGACUACACUGAAAACCUGCCUCUCUGCUAUCAACACCACUACCGAGGCAGGGUGUACUGCCACAACCCAGGAAGAUCUUCUGACUGACACCAACACCAAGAUAACCGCAGCCACAUGUGGGGCUGUUGCGGAUCACGCGACCUUUGCGAUGACGUCACUGAUCGUUUCAGUUCUUGUAAACAUGUUCCUGUAACCGCCCGCAAUGCUGGCACUUUGAGACUCCUGUUAGUUCUGAGCUCUUCUACAUGUAGAUGUGACAUAUUGUGGAAGGACGGCAAUGAGUGUCUUAUUUGAAUUUUCUAUUUGUCGUCACUUUUGAUUUUUAUUACCAACAUAAGUUUUCCUAUAUUCGGGUUAAAUUGUCAAUGAAAACGGGUUGACUUAUUUGAUUAUCGACAUGAAGCUAUUUUCAAUGAGGCUUUUGAAAAAAGGAAAUGCUUGUAUGACCGCAAAGUAUGACGUGGGCCAUACAUAAUUCAUGUAACCACUGACGAACAAUAUGUGGUCAUACUAAUCCUGUGAUAUAUCUGAAAGGACAUCUUUGGUUCCGGUUUUGAUAAAGUCUACAGCUCUGCUGCUGUUCCGAUCGUAAAAAUAUGUGGGAUACUCACAUGACUCAACCCACGUGUUCCGCACCCUUAUGACGUGUUGAGUUAAUCAUUGUUGAUUGUUCCGCUGAAAUAAACGGUACUGUUCACGAAA